CACGUGUGAACGUUUGUAAUACGUACGCGAACUUCUUUAGCGUUUUGCAGUAUCUUUGAAUGGAAAAUGGAUCCUCAAUUGAACAACAAUAAUCCCCAAUCAGCGGAUGACCAGACUGCUGCAUUGAACAAGUGUAYAUCAAUUUUCAAGUCAGCAAAAACGGACAACGAAAGGUUCGCUGCUUUGCUUCUUGUCACACGCUUGGUUCAUUCAAACGACAYCGACAGCGCACAGAGAAAACUKCUUUACGAUGCAAUUGGCUUCACGUUCAUUAACAGGCUUCUUAARGCUAGGGAUGUUYCAGACAAUAACCUGUACCAAUCCUUAGCUGUCGCUAUUUUAGCAUGCUUUGCCACMAAYGAAGAGUUGUUGUUGCAUCCACAAAUGGUGGCCAAAGUUGGCUUUUUAAAUGAAGUAAUUUCAARCCCACCUGAURAUGAAGCGAUAGUCGACGAUGCCUAUCAAAUCCUACAGCAUUUUAGUUCGCAUGUCGAGGGCUGUAAGGUUUUAUCUCGGAAAGGAACAACAUCAAGUCUUUGUAAUGUAAUUAUGUCAGAAUCUACCAGAGCAAGUUUMGCAUGGCAAGUUCUCUUGAACACAGCUUCACUUGCUUCAACAUCACUGUGGAGUGAAAAUCCAAAGGCCUUGAUUGAUCUUGUUGCAUACUGUGCAGAGAAGCUCAAAACAUUGCAAGAUUCUCAUAAAUUCACCUAUUGCACAAAUUUACUUUCUUUGCUAUCACUUGCAAAUGCYGAGGGAUUUAGAAGUGCUUUASAAUAUCUAGGUAAUUCAAACAAAUUGGUAUCAGAUUUGGGUGCAGGUUUAGGGGAUAUCCUWCAAGGGAAAGUUACAUCACUACAAAGAGACCCAGCAAUAGUYCUUGUGUCKGUGAUGGUGGAUCUAUUAAAUGAGGAURGCAAGUUAGCCUUACUGACAACCUCUAAUCCASAAACCCAAAAGGCUGACUUCUUUACUUUAAUUGCAACUACAGUUAGUAUUGAGAUUAGAAUGAUCUUAGAUGAAAGCACAAUUGAUGAAAUGAUUCAAAAAGCAACACUCCUGACAGCCUGCUACAACAUYCUUGAAAGUGUGAUCUCUUUUCUCAUUACUAUUACUGAGGAGCCACAGGAAACCCAAUCAUACAAACCAAGUGAACAAGUUGUCACUACAAUCUAUUCCCAGAUUACUGAGAGCAUGAUGUCAGUUCUAGGUUUUCUCCAACAGGAAUCAGUCAAGUAUGAAGAAAAUAUGAUUUCUUCACAAGAAGAGAAUGGUUUGGUGUUGGCAUCAGCUAGGGUUUUGCUUGCCUGGCUAGCUGAAGAAUCUAUGGCAUUGCAGAAAGAGGUCAACAAGGUUUUACCAUUUCUGAUACAACUUGCCAGGGAUACAAUGCCAACAAACCAAAGUGAAACUGAAGAAAACUCAUGUAACAGUCCCAAUAAUGACAGAAAUGUUGAAAUGAUUCGUUUGAUGUUACCUGCUCUGUGCCACUUCUCCUCAGAUGAGAAAUCCAGAAAAAUCCUUACAGAAAAUGCAUUCAUUGAUACACUUAUGAAGUACUACCUCGUGCUUUGGAAACGCUGUGAGAAAKACAACUCAGCYRACUCYAAGACAGCUUUGGUUACRUUACUUGGYGUGUUUCUGAACUUUGCUGUUACAGAAGAAAAUCUUGUGAAGAAYGAUAGAUCCUUCAAAGAACUUCUUUCUCAUGUAGCAGUGAAUACAUCCAAAAUAGCAAACUCCAAAGAAAACUUCAUUCUUCUUGCAAACAUGGUUGUUCUUGGUCUAAUGUUGAUAAGAUAUCUCAAAGAAAGUGCUGAUAUUUCAGCAGUGAAUUUUGUGUCUUUUUUCACCUCAAUUGURUUUUUCCUCAAAGAGUCUGAGAAAUUUUGCAAAGCUGAAAAUGACAAUCAUGAUUCCACUUGGUCCUCUGUAAGUGAGCUUUGGUUUUUAGGAGUUCAAGUUCUUACUCAAGAGCUGAAGGAAAACAAUGGAGUUGUAUUGAGAGGAAUYCCUAGCGAUGUGCUUAGUGAGCUGGCUAAUUUGUCAACAGCAGCAAUUGACAGUCAGCAAUGAGAAGUUCAAGGCCCUUACUCCAGUGCUAAAGGAACAUGAUAGACUGCGUAGUGAGCUCGUUAUUUGUCAACAAUAUCAUUGAAUUCAGAGUGACGAGAGAUCACAUGAAAGAGAAAUCACAUGAAAGACAUCUACAUGUAGUUGAACAUGGGAAGACAGUGCUCAAUUUUUGGUUUCCAACAAGAACCUGUGUAUUCUGUUUCUAAAGGUUUUCGUAUAAGUCAGUUGUUCAGAGCCAGUUUUGGGAUCCUUUACAAAGAUAUAGUCUAUACUUCCUCCUACAUUUUUACUUGUCCAAACACCCUUUCAAAACU